GAGGCAGGAGCAGGAGCAGAGGCAGGAGCAGUCGGGCUGGGGGAGGAGAUUGUUGGGGGCUGAGCCGCGGUGUCUCUCAGUCUCUUCCCUCUGCAGAAGCAGAUCCCUGCCAGCAGCAGCAGCAGCACAGCACUCAGUGCGGGAUACGGAGCAGCAUCAUGUCUCCCCGACCCUGCUGCGCUUCCCCGCACUGACCCCUCCGUGUCUGCCGGAGCAGCAGUAACCCUAUCAGUGCCAGGGCCCGGACUGGCCGAGGAUGCAGAGUUUCUCCGCUAAGGGAGGCAGCAGAGGUACCGACCAAACGAGGGGGUUCGAUGCAAUAAUGGGGAUCAGGUAAUAACCAGCGGGUAAAAGAAGGAGAAGAAAGGGGGGCAAUAGAGAACCCCCCCAUCACUAGAGUUUGGACUGAUCAUCAGUGGCCGACCCCCUUCCCUGACCCCAGAGACAGACCCACCACUGAAUUCACAUAGCUUUUUCUCCAUUAUUGGAAAGAUAUACCCCCUCCAAUCCCUGGAGAGAGCCCCCAUUCUGUGUGGAUUCAGAUAUAAUUAUUCCAUCAGAGGAGACAGAACCCCCCCUUCACUGAAGACACUACCAGUAUUAUCUCAGCUCCCCAUCUCUGGACACAGACCUCCCAUUACUGAACACAGCCUCCCCCCUCCCUAUUACUGGAGACCCCACCAGCCUCCCAUAGCUGGAAACAGAAUCCCCCCAAUAUCACUGGGGACCCCUCAUUUUUGGAGACGGACAGCUUACAACCCUUUUAUUGGAGAGCGUUCAUCCCCUCAAUACAGACAGAACCUCCUGGUGAGACCAGACCCCCCCCCGAUCUGGGCACAGAAUUUCCUUGCACUGGCGAAAUCCUCCCCCUCUUCUUACUGGACACAGCCCUGAUCUCUGGACCACUGGAACCAGUCUUCUCUCCUGGGUGGGCACCAGGCUUGGACAAGGCCUUCUCUCUGAGGAUUUAUCUGGAACCUUUUAUUUUUUUGAUAAUAAAUAAAUAUAUAUAUUCGUAAAUGGUCAAUGAAAACGAGAGGAUGUACAUUCCAGAAGGAGACCACCCAGGUUCCAACUACACCAACCCACUGCCAGCCCUUGGCACCAUGAACUCUACCCCGGGCCUGGCAACAGAGCACAUUGCCUCUCCAGGUGCUGCUUUGUCCUGGCAGGCCGCCAUUGAUGCAGCACGCCAGGCCAAGCUUAUGGGCAGCACGGUUAACGCCACCAUAUCCACGGUCAGCUCCACGCAGAGGAAGAGGCAGCAAUACAGCAAGCAGAAAAAGCAAGGGACCACCACAGCCACAAGGCCUCCCCGGGCGUUGCUUUGUUUGACCCUGAAAAACCCCAUCCGCCGAGCCUGCAUCAGUAUCGUGGAAUGGAAACCGUUUGAAAUUAUUAUUUUACUGACUAUCUUUGCCAACUGUGUGGCCUUAGCUGUCUACAUCCCUUUCCCAGAAGACGAUUCCAACGCUACGAACUCCAAUCUGGAACGGGUAGAAUAUCUCUUCCUCAUCAUUUUCACAGUGGAAGCCUUCCUAAAAGUCAUCGCAUAUGGGCUUCUGUUCCACCCCAACGCUUACCUCCGAAACGGCUGGAAUCUGCUGGAUUUCAUAAUUGUAGUAGUAGGGCUUUUUAGUGCUAUUUUAGAGCAGGCCACAAAGGCAGAUGGGGGCAGCGCCAUUGGAGGGAAAGGAGCCGGAUUUGACGUGAAAGCUCUUCGGGCGUUCCGUGUCUUGAGACCCCUAAGGCUGGUGUCUGGAGUCCCCAGUCUCCAGGUGGUGCUGAAUUCCAUUAUUAAGGCAAUGGUUCCGCUGCUGCACAUCGCUUUGCUGGUGCUGUUUGUCAUUAUUAUCUAUGCUAUAAUCGGGCUGGAGCUGUUCAUGGGCAAAAUGCACAAGACCUGCUACUUCCUGACAAAUGGAUAUCCAGAGGAAGAACCCUCACCGUGUGCAUUGGAGAGCAAUAAUGGGCGGCAUUGUGCCAACGGCACUGUGUGCAGAUCUGGUUGGGCGGGACCCAAACACGGCAUCACUAAUUUCGACAACUUUGCAUUUGCCAUGCUCACUGUCUUCCAGUGCAUCACCAUGGAGGGCUGGACAGAUGUGCUUUACUGGAUGCAGGAUGCAAUGGGAUAUGAACUGCCCUGUGUGUACUUUGUCAGCCUCGUCAUCUUUGGAUCAUUUUUCGUUCUGAACCUGGUUCUUGGUGUUCUGAGUGGUGAGUUUUCCAAAGAGAGAGAGAAGGCCAAGGCUCGGGGCGACUUCCAAAAGCUGAGGGAGAAGCAGCAGCUGGAGGAGGACCUGAAAGGCUACUUGGACUGGAUCACUCAGGCUGAAGACAUCGACCCAGAGAAUGAAGAUGAAGAUAUAGAUGAAGAGAAACCUCGAAACAUGAGCAUGCCAGCCAGUGAAACGGAGUCGGUUAACACAGAUAAUGUGGGCAGUGGAGACGUGGAAGAGGAGAGCUGCGGAGUGCGCCUUGCGCACAGGAUUUCCAAGUCUAAAUUUAGUCGAUACUGGCGGAGAUGGAACCGGUUUUGCAGAAGGAAGUGUCGGGCUGCUGUCAAAUCCAACGUCUUUUAUUGGCUGGUUAUAUUUCUUGUGUUUCUGAACACGCUGACCAUUGCUUCAGAGCACUAUAACCAAUCUGAUUGGCUUACUGAGGUGCAAGACACAGUCAACAAAGUGCUCCUGGCUCUUUUCACAGCAGAGAUGCUUCUCAAAAUGUACAGCCUUGGCCUUCAAGCCUACUUUGUUUCCCUGUUUAAUCGCUUUGACUGCUUCAUUGUGUGCGGUGGGAUCUUGGAGACCAUAUUGGUAGAAACUAAGAUCAUGUCACCCCUGGGGAUCUCUGUCCUGCGCUGUGUGCGCCUUCUCAGGAUAUUCAAGAUUACCAGGUACUGGAACUCUCUGAGUAAUCUUGUGGCCUCGCUGCUGAAUUCCGUGCGUUCCAUCGCUUCCCUUCUCCUCCUUCUCUUCCUCUUCAUCAUCAUCUUCUCCCUUCUGGGGAUGCAACUCUUUGGUGGCAAAUUUAACUUUGACGAGAUGCUGACCCGCAGGAGCACGUUUGAUAACUUUCCACAGGCUUUGCUUACCGUGUUUCAGAUUCUUACUGGAGAGGACUGGAACUCAGUAAUGUAUGAUGGGAUUAUGGCGUAUGGUGGACCCUCCUUUCCUGGGAUGCUUGUGUGCAUUUAUUUUAUCAUCCUCUUCAUCUGUGGAAACUAUAUUCUUCUGAAUGUCUUCUUGGCCAUUGCUGUGGACAACCUGGCUGAUGCCGAGAGUCUCACCUCUGCUCAGAAAGAAGAGGAAGAAGAGAAGGAGAGGAAGAAACUGGCAAGAACUGCUAGCCCUGAGAAGAAACAAGAAAAUGAGUCCAUAGGAAAGUCUCCAGUGCCUGCUGUGGAGGAGAACAAAGAGAAGAUAGAACUGAAGGCCAUCACAGCAGACGGGGAGACUCCACCCGCCACCAAGAUCAGUGUGGAAGAAUUUUCCUCCAAUGAGAAUGAUGAGAAGAGUCCAUAUCCCAGCUCCAAUGAGACCCCAGCUGAAGAGGAAGAAGAAGAGCCUGAGAUGCCUGUUGGCCCUCGCCCAAGGCCCCUUUCGGAACUGCACAUCAAAGAAAAAGCUGCCCCAAUGCCCGAAGCUUCUGCCUUCUUCAUAUUUCGAGCUGAUAACAGGUUCCGCCUCCACUGCCACAGAAUAGUCAACAAUAACAUCUUCACCAACCUCAUCCUCUUCUUUAUCCUCUUGAGCAGCAUCUCCCUGGCAGCAGAAGACCCUGUGCGACACAACUCCUUCAGGAACCAAGUUCUGUUUUAUUUCGAUAUAGUUUUCACUGCCAUUUUCACCGUAGAGAUAGUCCUGAAGAUCCUAGGAAAUGCUGAUUAUGUUUUCACUAGUAUCUUUACUUUAGAAAUAAUCCUCAAGAUGACGGCCUAUGGGGCUUUCUUACACAAAGGCUCCUUCUGCAGGAACUACUUCAAUAUUUUGGAUCUUCUGGUGGUCAGCGUUUCCCUCAUCUCAUUCGGAAUUCAGUCCAGUGCCAUCAACGUGGUGAAGAUCUUGCGAGUACUGAGGGUGCUGAGGCCUCUCAGAGCCAUCAACAGAGCCAAGGGGCUAAAGCACGUGGUACAGUGCGUUUUCGUGGCAAUCCGCACCAUUGGUAACAUCGUCAUUGUCACCACUCUGCUGCAGUUCAUGUUUGCUUGUAUCGGGGUGCAACUUUUCAAGGGUAAAUUGUACAGCUGCACUGACAGCUCCAAGAUUACAGAGGAAGAGUGCAAAGGGAAGUACAUCAGCUAUAAGGAUGGGGACGUCUCGCAGCCCAUGAUAGUGGAUCGGAGCUGGGAAAACAGCAAGUUUGACUUUGAUAAUGUUCUGUCAGCAAUGAUGGCCCUCUUCACUGUCUCCACAUUUGAGGGGUGGCCGGAGCUUCUCUAUCGUGCCAUCGACUCCCACACAGAAGACGUGGGUCCCAUCUACAACCACCGCGUGGAGAUCUCCAUCUUUUUCAUCAUCUACAUCAUCAUCAUUGCCUUCUUCAUGAUGAAUAUCUUUGUGGGUUUCGUCAUCGUCACGUUCCAGGAGCAGGGGGAGCAGGAGUACAAAAACUGUGAGCUGGACAAGAACCAGCGUCAGUGUGUGGAGUAUGCCCUGAAAGCCCGGCCCCUGAGAAGAUACAUACCCAAAAACCAGUACCAGUACAAAGUCUGGUAUGUGGUCAACUCCACCUACUUUGAAUACCUCAUGUUCGUGCUCAUCUUACUCAACACCAUCUGUCUCGCCAUGCAGCACUACGGGCAGAGCUGUUCCUUCAAGGAAGCCAUGAACAUCCUAAACAUGUUGUUCACGGGGCUCUUCACUGUUGAGAUGAUACUGAAGCUCAUUGCCUUCAAACCAAAGGGUUAUUUUAGUGACCCUUGGAAUGUCUUUGACUUUCUCAUCGUUAUUGGCAGCGUAGUUGACGUCAUUCUCAGCGAGACCAAUCACUAUUUCUGUGAUGCAUGGAACACAUUUGAUGCACUGAUAGUAGUGGGUAGCAUUGUUGAUAUAGCAAUCACCGAACUCAACCCAGGUGAACAUGCCCAAUGCUCCUCCUCUAUGAAUGUCGAGGAGAAUUCCCGCAUCUCCAUCACCUUCUUCAGGCUAUUCCGAGUCAUGAGGCUUGUGAAGCUUCUCAGUCGUGGAGAAGGGAUCCGGACUCUGCUAUGGACCUUCAUCAAGUCUUUCCAGGCUCUCCCCUAUGUAGCACUGCUUAUUGUCAUGCUGUUCUUUAUCUACGCCGUCAUUGGCAUGCAGGUUUUUGGGAAAAUUGCGCUGAAUGACACCACUGAAAUCAACAGGAACAAUAAUUUUCAGACUUUCCCUCAGGCAGUUCUGCUCCUCUUCAGAUGUGCCACAGGUGAAGCGUGGCAAGAGAUAAUGCUCGCCUGCCUCCCUAGUAAGCCGUGUGCCCCUGAAUCCGAAACCAGCGAAGAAAAAUGCGGCAGCAGCUUUGCCGUCUUCUAUUUUAUCAGCUUCUACAUGCUCUGCGCCUUCUUGAUCAUUAAUCUGUUUGUUGCAGUCAUUAUGGAUAAUUUUGACUAUCUGACACGGGAUUGGUCCAUAUUGGGCCCUCAUCAUUUGGAUGAAUUUAAACGGAUUUGGGCAGAGUAUGAUCCAGAAGCCAAGGGGCGCAUCAAGCAUCUAGAUGUUGUGACCCUACUGAGGAGGAUUCAGCCCCCAUUGGGAUUUGGGAAGCUGUGCCCACAUCGGGUGGCAUGCAAGCGCCUAGUGGCUAUGAACAUGCCGCUGAAUAGUGAUGGGACAGUCAUGUUUAAUGCAACACUCUUUGCCCUAGUAAGGACAUCUUUGUGCAUCAAAACAGAUGGGAACCUGGAACAGUCCAAUGAAGAGCUGAGAGCCAUCAUCAAAAAGAUAUGGAAGAGAACCAGCAUGAAACUUUUGGACCAGGUGGUGCCCCCAGCUGGAGAUGAUGAGGUCACGGUGGGAAAGUUCUAUGCCACCUUCCUGAUCCAGGAAUAUUUCCGGAAAUUCAAAAAACGCAAGGAGCAAGGACUUGUGGGUAAACUUUCCCAGAAAAAUGCACUGUCAUUGCAGGCCGGCCUGCGCACUCUGCACGACAUUGGCCCCGAGAUCCGCAGAGCUAUUUCUGGGGACCUGACAGCCGAGGAGGAGCUGGACAAGGCCAUGAAGGAGGCUGUGUCUGCUGCAUCUGAGGAUGACAUCUUUAGGAGAGCUGGAGGACUAUUUGGGAACCACGUUGGUUAUUACCAGAGUGAAGUCCGGAGUGCGUUUCCUCAGACCUUCACUACCCAGCGGCCUCUGCACAUCAACAAGACGUCGGGCGGCCCAGGGGAUUUGGACUCUCCUUCCCAUGAGAAGCUGGUGGAUUCUACAUUCACCCCCAGCAGCUACUCUUCCUCCGGCUCCAACGCCAACAUCAACAACGCCAACAACACGGCCCUGGUGCGUCUGCCCUGUUACCGGACUACCGUGAGCACCGUGGAGGGACAGAGCCGGCCCGUGGCCCCCCGUGGCUCCUGGAAACUUGCCUCUAAGAGCUCAGUGUCCAGAGACAGCCGCCUGCCUAUAAUCUGCCGGGAGGAGGCCUCUCAGGAUGAGACGUAUGACGCCAGCGAAGAGGUGGAAUAUAACAGCGAGCCCAGCCUGUUGUGCUCUGAAAUGUUCUCCGAUCGGGAUGAGGAAAGUCGGCAGCUGACCCCGUCGGAGGUGGAAGUGGAGAGGGGGCUUUGCCCGUCCCCUAAGAAAGGUUUUCUGCGCUCAGCUUCUUUAGGAAGGAGAGCGUCGUUCCAUUUGGAGUGUCUGAUGAGGUAUCGGCACCAGGGGGCGGAAACGUCGUCGCCCAAAACGGUGCUGCCGCAGCUUCAUCUGUUGCACCAUCAGGCGUUAGCAGUGGCAGGUCUCAGCCCUUUACUAAGGCGGAGUCACUCGCCCACAGCCUUCUCACGUCUCUGUUCCACGCCGCCUGCCACCCCAUGCCCCCGAGGAGGCUGGACGCAGCAAACUGUGCCAACGUUACGGCUUCAUGGAGAGCCAGGCUCUCGGGAAAACCUGAAUAGUAGCUUCCCUUCCAUCCACUGCAGUGACUGUAGUAUAGGGCGUAAUCGCCCUGCCUCCCUUACAGUCCCCUCCCACCCACGGGAGCAAAGCAGGCAGCACCAUGGCAGCGCCAGCAGUUUAGUAGAAGCGGUGCUGAUCUCUGAAGGGCUGGCACAGUUUGCUCAGGACCCCCGCUUCCUCCAGGUGGCGACACAUGAGCUGGCCGACGCCUGCGACAUGACCAUAGAGGAGAUGGAGACUGCUGCUGACAGUUUUUUGAAUGGCAAGGCCAGCCCCAACGGGAAGCCAUUCUCUAACGGCAGGGACCAGGGGCUGGACUGCGCGGGGGGUGGGUCAGAGGAGACAGGACUCUCACCGGAAUGCCAAGACAGUGACGAGCAGGAGGACUGCCGAGUGUAUGUAAGCAGCCUGUAGCCACCAAGCCUCUCAGAGAGCCAGGGAGAGGCCCAGCUUGUCGGAGAGUGGAUGUUUUUCGGGGGAGUUUUUGAGCUCCUUUCUCGGUUUCUUUUUCUUUUUCUUUUGUGUUCCUAAAUGGGUUUGUUUCAGAAGUGCCUCACUGUUCUCGUAACCUGGUGUGACCAGAACAGCGUUCCUCAUUCAUUUAAGUUUGGGAGGGAAAGGGGUGGGAAUGGUGGCCAGAGCUGACUUUCUAUAUCUCCAGAGGAAGUGGUUCCGGAAUCACCCUGGGAGUCCAAAUGUGAGAGGUCCAAGGAGUAACGUGGAGAUCCUUCACAUCUACACCGUGUUCCUUCUUUAUCCAUAGUCACCACCAGAGCUGAAAGUCAUCUGAAACCAGCUUAGGGAAGGUCAACCAAUGGCCUCUCAGCUGGUUCUACCAGUGGUCCUGUCCAUCGAAUGGUUGAGAAUGAGAGACAACCCAACGGAAGGGUCAAUGGCUUCCACUCCGUGUCUGAAGGUCUCUGGUACCUACUGUAGCACAGCCAUCAAAGGAAAGUUUUUCUUCCAAUCCAAUGAUUCCCCAUAGACUAAGGGUAUUUAUAUGGCUACACGUUGGGGUUUGGGGGUGCAACGGGGGCUACAAGUCACAAAGCCAGUGGUAGAUACCAUUAGGCCUAUCCAGGCAAAAUCCUUGGGUCCAUGGCUGGGGCAUGACAGGGGUGGAGCAAGGGUUGGAUAUGGAGGGCAAGUGCAGCAAUGAAUCCACCUCUGAGCUCUGCUUAUUAUAUACUGCCCCCCCAGCUGCACAAUCAAAUGGCCAUGCCUCUGUGGCCUUAAAGGGGUGAUUAUUUAAAAGAUGGGAAGGGCUGCUUCAUUACCAUAUAUAAAUCAUGCCCCUUUAAUACUCAGUGCUGGACUACAGGCUUCUCAUGGGGUUACAAGGGCUUUAAAGAGAAGUAAAUAGAUUUUAUUAACUACCCUGUGUCUACAUUGAUGCACCCUUAAUUCUCGGCCUGCAGCUGCCCAACUGUAGCUCCCAGUUUCCUCUGCCAAGACUGGGGAGAGUUGUAGUUCAAGGAGAGUUAAAGGAACAAAAUGCCCUGUUUAAUGACAUUAAAAUGAUGUAUUUUUGCCUUUUAUCUGGUGUUACAAUUUGUUCUGAAGAAUAACUGGUUUCGGUUGAAAAACCUGUCACUGGCGUGUUCAUUGCUUCAAAAAGAAAUCGAGCAACACAAUGUAUGACGGGGCAAGAAUCUGGGAAACAGGUGUGAGCAACACUACAACUCCCAUAAUUCUCUGUCCUACACAUAGGAGCAACCAUAUUGCUGAGGGCAGUCAAAUAUCCUCUACAUUGACCAAUAGAGGUGACUUUGUUACUGAUUCUAGAGAAUUGUGUGAUUAAAAUCAUGUUUUUCCCUAAGUUAGGUAAUGAGCCCCUUAUCCAAAUGCUAGAUUUUAUAAAAGUAUAGGAAGACCCUAAUUGGCCCCUUGCACUAUAUAAUGAAAGCUGGAAAAGGAGCAGUGACUGUUGUGAGCAUGUGCAGAUAAAUAGGAAAUAUAUCUAGUGCAGUACUCACUAAUAUCCUGAGCUUCCUACACUACUUCCUAUUCACAAUCUAAACCCCACCCAUUAUUUUCACCACUCAAGAUCUCCAUGCUCUUACUUCCUGUUUCUCUCCUGCUCCCUCUAAUGGCCAGCGAACAUAACUGCAGCUCCAAUAAAAAAUCCAGAUAUACUGAAUUGAUCUGUGUUCCUGUUAUGUCAUACUACACGUGGGAUAUGUCCAAUAAUUAACCCCGCCCCCCCCAAAUAAGUCUAAAACUGUUUCCUAUGACUUCUUACAGGUCUCCUAAUGACAACUUAUGCUAAAUCAAUGCACUAAUAUUUAAUUUCUAGCGGCCUCUUGGCUCAACUGAAUGACAACUCCCACUCAAAGCUGGACAGGGGAUGCUGGGAGCUGUAGUUUAGCAUAAACUGAAUGGUUGCCUAUUAAACAGGGUUCCAGUUAAAAAAGGGAUUCCCUCUAAUAGUUGCAACACAAUAUAUACCCUGUUUUCCGUUUAUGUUGCUUGAACUCACCCCCGAGGGCCCCGAAUGUGAUGCCAACAGUCCAGGACACUACAUAUAACCAGCCCUGAGGUUGGACUUCCUAUUUAUUAAUAUGAAUACAUAGGGGGAAGGUAAUGCCCUAACACUGAUUCACUUCCACGUAAUGGUUUGUGCUUUGGAGGGAAGGUGUAAUAUUCCCACAAGUUUCCCAUUUUCCAUUUUUUUAACGACUUAUUUGUCCUUUUAAAUAAAAUUUGCGCUGUUACCCGCGUGUGGCGAACGUUUGCAGCGCAGCACGAUGUUUAAAUUGCAUUUAUCCGCAUGAUACUUCUGUUUGUGACUUAUCUUUGGUUUUCCCACCACCACAAAGUGGACUGAUUUGGUCGUAUCUAGGGCUGCGGGGAGUAUCUGUGCCUGUACUGGGGGUUCUUACUUUUUUUCUUAUUUGGUAAUGAUCAAUAAUGAAUUUCUUUCUGCAGGUAAGGGAGAGGUGGCGAUUCUGUUAUUGGGGUAUGCUGGGGGUCUGGGUACUCAUUAAAGGGGAAAUAUGCCUUACUGAUAAGUAGGAUUGUCUUCCAUUUAUUUUCUAAUGGAGAGUAAAGUAUGAGGGUGUGGCUUAUUGCACGUAAGGCAAAGUAGAGCAAGACGGCUGCUUAAAUACAACUGCCAGCACCCACUGCCAAUCCGACUGAUUCUUAUAAGCCACACCCCCUGUUCAACCAGGAUACGCCACAUCCCACGCAGUCCACAACCCUGCCCUGGCCCUGCUAAGGAUACAAAUAUGGGUGUCCCCUGUAUCCGUAUAAUUGUGUCUAUGUAGAAGGUAUGCAACAUGGCAGCUCCCACUCUUAAACACAAAUACUGUGCAUCUUUAACCUGAAACUUGAUGCUCUAAGUGGGCGUAAAUGGAAGAUAAACCAUACUUAUAUAUAAAGGAUGUACUCUUAAAGAAACAGUGUCAGUUGGAGCGGAGCUCUGCAUUUAAUUGCUGGGCAGUACACUGGGCCCCAUCUCAAACCAAGACCGGUGCUGCAUAUUUUGACACAUCGCCUGGUUAAAACCAGUUCUGAUGUCUAUUUUUUUAAUCAAUAGAAUGUAUCUGCGCAUAGAUUUCUAGUUUACGCCGCCUGAUUAUCUGCCGGGGCUUUCUUUCCAAUUGGCCCCAUCAGUAUAACUAAUAUUAAUCUCUGCCUUAUUACACCUCGUCAUUCAGGCUGUGUCUGGAAAAUCUAUUCCUGCCUGACUGAAGUGAACAUUUAAUGCCCAUCCCAUUUCAACACAAUAUAACAUAAGAAGCUUCCCCUGCAGUGCAGUGAUCCGCUUUUCUGUUAGUCCCUCCCACGAGGAGCUCCUGUAACAUUCCUUCCAAUUUCCCUCCUGAGCCAUUUACUUACCUACUCGAUAGAUGCAACUGGGUGCUUCCUACCAGUCUACCCAAAUCACCUGGCUUCUUAGGGCCCUGAUGCGCCUUUAAUUUAUGUCAGCUGCAGAAAUGAUGCCAUUUUUAAAAAACUCUCCAAGCCCUUAAUUAACCGCCAAUAAAUUCUACCCCAGCAGCUUGGUUUAAUUUUAAUUGUUCCAUGGUGUCUCCCCUAUCUCUGAACCCCAAUUACUCCUAUAACACCUUGUCUGUCCCUUUAAUUUAACUCUCUACUAAAUACUUGCUUGCAUUCUCCACCCUGAUUUCCUUAUAACUCCUCCCCUAUUCCUAAAAAAACCCUCCUCUAAAUGCCUGCAUUCCUUUAACUGUCCCUGUAAAUCAUAUCCCCACUAAUUCCACGUUUCCUCCCCACGCUGUUAGUAUGACUCCACCCCUGAACAUUCCCACAAUUUCUCUUUUGGCUCCAACAAUAACCCACCCCCAAAGAGCCACAAACAUAGCAGAGAUUACCCAAAAUGUGUGUAAGCACUGGUGGGAAUAUGACCUUAUAGCUUUAUAGCUAAACUAUAAAGGGCCAAUUAGUGGUCCCAGAUACGUUCCCCAUGACAGAUGCUCCCACCCAUCCUUGCAUGCCAGGGGACACCCUGUUGUUAUUAGUCAGCCUGUGCUGGCAGUAUGAGCACUUCCCAGCAUUAAUGCAUAGCCCGAAUGCAGCACUGUGAUUGGCUGUUAGCGCAAAUUAUUUUACAAUUAUCCAGAUUUUCCUUCUCAUGUUUGUAUGUAAUCCCAUGAAGCAUGAUGACACUGGAGAAGCCAUCUUGUCAUGAGCCAUCCUGCCAAUCAUCCCUUAGGUCUCCCAGGAUUUAAAGGCCAAGUGUCAAGGUUCAGCUCUGGGGUAAGACGUGUAAAAAAAAAAAAAAACCCUCCCCUUCCCUUUCCCUGCACGUGCAUCCAGUCUCUGGCAGAAUGGGCUCUGAAAUAAAGAUGUUUAAGGUUGAUCUUUGUUUGGGACAAAUGUAUAUUUAUGUAAGAUUGCAUUUUUACCUAAGGAAUGAUGUUGUAAAAAUGGCUAAGAAAUAAAAUUUAUUAAAAAAAUAAAUAAAUAA